UUUGGCGGCUAGUCUCCCAUCCAUCGAUUCCAACGGAUCAUUCUCUCUCUGCCAUUAUCUCUCUCUCCCUCUCUCAUCUUCGCCUUCUUCUUCUUCCUCUUUUUUUUUUUUUCUUCCUUCUCUUUUUCUUUUUCUCCGACCCUCCGAGAAACCAUCUCGGAUCCUGGAGAUCUGCAUUUGGUUGAUUUUUCCCCUAAUUUUGUUCGAUCGCCGUUUUGUCUUGCCCGAUUGGAGAUCAGCGUCGGAUUUCUCCCGCGGCAAGGACAACGGGAGGCGAAUCGAAGAAUCGAAAGUGCUCUGAAACGGGCUGGCGUUGCAUUUUUUCCCAAUUUUCGGGGUUUGAGAUUCAUGGGGAUUUGCUUAAGCACUGAAGAGCAGUACCGAUAUUCCCAACAACACGAGUCUCAGCGCCGUCAAUACAUCAAGAAGAUGCCCGGAGAUUCCGGCAACAAUUCUGCUGCAUAUCUGAUGAAUUCUGAUAGGCAAGGCUCGGCCGGUAACAAAAGUUCAAGCAGCCUUCCCUUAGCUCCUAAGAAUAUCAAAGAUCUUCAGUUAAAUCCUGGAUACAAAGAUGUCGAUAUCUUCACUUACGAGGAGAUGAAGUUAGCCACAAAGCAGUUCAGACCCGAUUACAUUCUUGGCGAGGGGGGUUUUGGAGUGGUUUAUAAGGGAGUCAUAGAUGAAAGUGUGAGAUCUGGGUACAAGUCUACGAAAGUUGCAAUUAAAGAGCUUAAUCCGGAGGGGUUCCAAGGAGAUAGAGAAUGGCUGGCUGAAGUCAACUAUUUGGGACAGCUUAGUCACUCAAAUCUGGUCAAGCUCAUUGGAUACUGCUGCGAGGAUGAGCACAGGUUGUUGGUAUAUGAAUACAUGGCAAAUGGAAGCCUUGAGAAACAUCUUUUCCGGAGAGUUGGCUGCACUCUGACAUGGUCAAGAAGAAUGAAGAUUGCUUUAGAUGCGGCCAAGGGACUUGCAUUUCUACAUGGCGCUGAACGGUCCAUCAUUUAUCGUGAUCUGAAGACGGCAAAUAUCUUACUCGAUGAGAAUUUCAAUGCCAAGCUUUCGGAUUUUGGGCUGGCAAAGGAUGGUCCGAGAGGAGAUCAAACACACGUUUCGACACGUGUUAUGGGUACAUAUGGAUACGCUGCUCCUGAAUACGUAAUGACAGGCCAUUUAACAGCCCGGAGCGACGUGUAUGGUUUCGGGGUACUUCUCCUCGAGAUGCUUCUCGGGAAGAGAGCGAUGGACAAAAGCAGACCUUGUCGGGAGCAUAACCUCGUUGAAUGGGCAAGGCCUCUCUUGAAUCAUAACAAGAAGCUUCUCAGAAUCAUAGACCCGAGAAUGGAUGGGCAAUACACGACCAAGGCGUUAAUGAAAGUCGCCAGUUUGGCAUACCAAUGCCUCAGCCAAAACCCGAAAGGAAGGCCCCUCAUGAACCACGUGGUGGAAGUCCUCGAGGCUCAUCUGGUGAACGAUGAAUCUCGGGAGGAGGAAGAAGAAGCCAUGACUCUUCACAGCAGGGGCAGUUCUGUAAUUUUAUAUGAGGCCCCGAGUGAUUCACAAGGCAUGCCUAUGGAAAGGAAAAACGGCGGGGAAGACGAGCACAGGAGGAGAAGACAAGAAAGAAGGAGCAAGAGCGAAGCUGCAGUUGAUUCCGCUCGAAAUGGCAAUGCUCCAUGUUCGAUUUCACCCAAUGUAUGAGAGACUCGGGGCGAAAAGAAAUCCCGGGUUCUUACAAUAAGUGAGUAGUAGAGUUGGCGAAAUGCCAAAAUGUAUAAACAGUGUAUUCGUUUUGAAGAUUUUUUUUUUCUAUUUUUUUUUGGUUUUCGGAUUCGGGUGAGGGUGAAACUAUUAGUGCAAAAGGUGUAAGUUGAAAAAUCCUUGUAACGCAAGUGAAUUUAAGAAAUGUAUUUUUGUGACUAGAGAUUUAACU